AAAAAAAAAAAAAAAAAAUGGAAGACAUUUAGCAACCCAUAGAGACAAGAAAGCUGUACAAGAAUUUUUGAACUUACCACGUGGAUCAAGCCAGCGAAAAAAAAAUUAUUGAGCUAAUUAGAACAAGGGGUGAUUUUUUGCACAAUUCACAAGAAAUAUACAACUCUGGAACCUUGAUAGUAUCAAGAUGACCAAAUGAAAAACGUCAAAAAGACGCUGAUGGUUAUAAUGCUUGUCCGCAGUGUGCCAAAUAUUUAAAGAAUCGUUCAGCUUACAUUCACAUAAGAAAUUGUAAAGACGAAGAAGAUAAUUCGAUAAAAAAUUCACGUACAUAUCGAGUAAUGGUUAGACAAGUUAUGGGCAGAAUUCACAGUGAAGCGUCAGGUGUAUUAAGAAACGUUGUAUUUCCUGUUUUAAGAGAAGACAAUAUUACGAAAUGUAUAAGAUAUGACAAACUGAUUAUUUUAUACGGUAACAAAUUGUGUACAAAGUACAAACCGCAAUAUCAGCAUGAUAUGAUCCGAAAUCGACUUAGAACUUUAGGAAGAUUUCUUACUCGGUACUAUGAUGAUUGUGUAAAAGCAAUUUAUGCAGUUGCUAAUUAUGAUAAGCGAGGCGUCUUUAACAGUUCCUACACAUCAUUCCAAUUAGGAACGUUGCUAAAGCAAGUUGCUUUAACGUUGCGAAGUCAACUCAUUAAAGAAAACAAGCUUAAACAGAAAAAAAUAGUCGACUAUUUCUUAGAACUAAGAGAGGACAAUAUAGCGUACGAUGUCAAUAAAACAGUAGAGGAGUCACAAAUUCUAAGAAAAUGUACACAAUCAGAAGAUGUUCUACCGAGUGUAGAAGAGAUUCGUAGAGUUGCUUUGCACAUACAAGGCGUGAGAAAUGAAAGUUUAGCAGCUUUAAAGGAGUCAUAAUCUGAUAAUGAUUACAGAUUGUUGUCUGAAAGUAUUCUUUUACAAAUAAUGAUGUUUAAUCGGAAAAGAGCAGGUGAUAUUGAAAGGAUUACAUUAGAUAAUUUGAAUACAAAAUAUAAUAUUACCGAAGAAAGUGAUCCAGACCUUUUCAAAAAAUUUACUACAGCAUCGCGAGAGACAGUAUCAAAAUACGUUCGAUAUUCGAUGAGAGGAAAGAAGGGUAGAUUAGUGCCUUGCAUAGUCACAAAUGAAAUGCAAGAGUGUAUUGAUUACCUGAAGGAUAACAGACAUUUGUUUAGCUUAACACCAGAGUUAAAAAUCAUCUUAAAGUUAGAGGAACUUUUCUUAGGAAGCACUUAGCCACUUUCUGCUCUGCGGAAUUGUCAGAUCAAGAAGUUUCGAGUCUUGCUAAAUUUAUGGGACACAAAGAUAGCAUACAUAGAGAUUUUUACAGGUUGCCUGACAAAUUAAGAGAUCUUAUGGAAAUUUCCCAAUACCUUGAAAAAGCCCAAGGUAAUCUUCCCGAUGAGAGUAAAAUAUGGCACGAUGACAAUUAAUCUACUAGUACAACAAAGACAUCAGGUACUCAUACUAAUUCAAAAUCUAAUAAGAAACAGCAAUUAAGCAAAAUUGAAGAACAUGAUGAACCUAACGAAGAGACUAUGGAAUCGGAUAUUAAACAUCAAAGGAG